UUCUUGACUUUAAACAUGUUACAGAUAAAAGCUUCAUAUAAACACACAUUGGCAAUAUUUGAAACUAAGCGAUCCAAUCUAUUAAUGCGUAGUUGACAUAUUGGACUGCAUUCCAGAUAUCUGAUUUAAUACUAAUAUCUCAGGAUUGCAAACAUUUUACAAACACGUAGAACAAUUUAUUUGGAAUAUUAUGUGAUAAUAAUUCAAGUAUAGGCCAAAUGAUUAUUUUACGCUCGAUAACAAGUGCUUGACGAAAAGUUAACAUUCAAGUCGCAGCUUGGUGUGUGGAAUUUAGUUCUAAAAUGAAAUAAAAAGUGCCAAAGACUAUUGAUUUUAUCGGUUCUGUAGGUGACAUUGCUGUGGGAUCGUUCUAGUUAUACUAACUGACACCAAACAGUUACACUCGUGAUUCGGUAAAUUGUUAUAGCGAAAAAAAACAUUUAUUUGAAGGAAUAUAAUAUCACAUUAUACGAAACUUAAUGUAUUAAAACUUAUAAAAAAGAAACAGAAUACUUGCAGACACGAAAGAAGUAUAGAGAAGCUAAGACUAAUAAUUUGUUUCAACCAGAAACUAGGAAAAAGAAUAAAAUGUCAUCGAAGAAAGAGGAGAAUAAUUCACAAGGGGACGAGCUUAGGUGUGGACAAUGUGUUAAGCCAUAUCGUGAUCCACGUCUUCUUAAUUGUUUACAUUCUUUUUGCAUGGAAUGUUUACAGGAACACGUGACUAAGAACAAAUGGAAGAAAACCCUUCUAUGUCCAUUAUGUCAGAAAGAGAUGCUCAUUCCGAAAGACGGUCUCAGUGCGAUUGCAAAAGACUUUUACAUCAAGGCACGCCAAGAUCUUGGGAAGCUUACAACUACGUCUGAAUGCGAUAUUUGUCCGGAUAAGGAACUUGCACAUAGCAGAUGUCUCAACUGUGAUGUUAAUCUAUGCAAAAUAUGUAAAGAAAAACAUUGUAAUCCGGAAUCGGACCAAGUUCAUCAUUUCCUGGAAUUUGUUGAACAACCUGUAUGUACACAAAACAAACCAACCCCUUCCACAAAACUAACGCAGAUGAGCUUUUGCAACAAACAUUCAGACCAAGAAGUUAACGUCUUUUGUACAAAAUGUAAAAUAAAUAUAUGUGUAAAAUGUAAGGACGACAAGCACAAAACACAUGCCGUUCAAGAAACUGCAGAAAUGGCAAAAUCAAUACGUGGAUCUUUAACUCAUUUUCUAGGUGCUAUCAAAGAAUAUCUCCCCGAGUUUGAAGAUUUUGUGAAACAGGUUCGAAAGGGACAAAAAGAACUAGACAAAGACUUGGAGAAUACUAUUAAAGAUAUCCAAGCAAGAUCAAAAUUCUUGCAGAGGGAAAUUGAAAAGAUAGGACAGCAAAUUAUAAAUGAAGUCAAAGAAAAACAUAAAGUAGAAUCUGACGAUUUGAACAAGGAGGCGAAGAACAUCAUCAACACUUACAAAUCAAUAGCUACUGUUGCUGCAUCUGCAGAAAGAAUUCUUAAAAUUGGGAGUGAUAUAAACGUGAUCGAGUCAUCCAAGCAAAUACAGAAAAGAUUUAUGCAGGUAGAAGACGAACUCCCAUCAUUGUCACGUGACACCGUUGCAACCGUUGGCUUCGUACCUGGAGGACUUAAGUUUGAUUCAUUAACAAAACUGUUUGGUCAAAUUACCAAAGGAGAAAUUGCGCUGCCCACAUUGCCUGUCCCGUGGGGAAUUCGUGUAGCUAAAGAGUUUGAAAUGUGCUCAAUAGCAGCAUUCAAAGUUAAAAGUACAGCAGAUACUGUACAAGCGAUAGCUCCUAUUUCAGAUAAAGAGGCAUGGAUCUGUUGCGGAUGGGGAUCAAAAGAUGUUUAUCUAUAUUCCAUAACAGGUGAAAGAAAGAAAAAGGUGACACUUGAUAUUCAGGUUGAUCAUAUGUGUGUCACACCAUCUGGUGAAAUUCUUGUGUCAAGUUAUGAGGAUAAGUAUAUCCGCAAGAUUAAUAAAGAACAUGUUGUGUGUGACUUCGCGAUGCCUCACCUUUAUCCUGGCGGAAUGGUAAUGACGAAAAGGAAGGAACUAUUUGUGUGCGCGGUAGACAGUUAUACAACACGUCGGGCUGCUCACUCCUAUCGAUGUUUAAUGAAAAUGUCGGAAUAUGGAAUGAACAUUGAUGAAAUCGACGAAGACGGUGACACGGUUUUGUUCGGAGCACCAUAUAGAAUUUCGGAAGCACCUAACAGAGAAUUGUGCGUUACCGAUAGAGAAGAGGGAAAGUUGCGAGUAAUAAGAAUUGACCAAGAAGGAUGCCGUAAGUUUGUUUAUACUGGACCUACAGAGGUGAAAACGAAACAACCUUUUAACCCAUUAGGCCUCUGUUGUGACAGGGCAAAUAACUUAUUAGUUUCUGACUGGGGAAAUCAUUGCGUCCAUAUGGUAAAUGGUGAAGGGGAAUUCCUUGGCUUCAUUCUAUCGCAAAAAGAUGGACUUUUCAAGCCGAAUGCGAUGGCGCUGGACAAAACUGGUAACCUUUGGAUAGGUGACGGAAACGCUACCGUACGAGUUUAUAAGUACGGAAAACGUGACUAUUAGUGUAAGCAAUAUCGCGAAAUCGCUACUGGAGUGUAACAUAAAUCACAAUAGUAGAACUAUGCUUAUGAGUAUCUAUCUAUUGGAACAUAUAUUCAAACAUAUGAAAAAAAUCAAAACAAUUGCUCAGCCUUAUUUAUCAUACUUUAAUAUAUACAGACAAAUGCUAAGUAUUAAGUGUUAUAAGUAUUAUAUUAUAUUAUUACAUAUCAUGUUACAUUAUUUCAAAAUGUUUUAUUAA